GUAAGACAUAUGAUAAAUUGAACUAAGCGACAUCUGAUAAACAAACGUAGUUGAAUCGAAAUGACGGAUGACUCAAAACGACUACCCUUCUCCUAACGAAGUAAGGUGAUCUAGGACUUACGAUUCUUAACACGCGCACCUUAUACACCAAUGUCGAGCGAGCCGAAGGCGAGUUCGGCAUAGCUAGGGCUCUGACGUAGACCCGCCCCUCUACGGCACACGGCGACAAACGACGUUUACCAAGCACACAUUACACUUUUUCAAUCAUACAUCCAACCUAAUAAAAAACAGCGAUCUUUGCGAAAACGUAGAACUAUUACCAUUAUAUUCCACCCGAAAUAUAACAGUCAAAUCCCUAUUGGUUUUCAGAAGUUAUUUUGUUGCAUAAAAUUAGGCGCCCUUCAGACGAGAUUUUGUCAUUUAAGUAGACAGGAAAAAAAUACACGUAAAUCCGUAUGUCUACUUCUAAAUAAAUAGCACAGUAUAAUGAAAGCUUUUUCUCAAUGCAUUUUUAAAUGUGUUGCUUUAAGGGCGGAAGAUUGGGUAUUUGAAAAUUUAAAAUCGUACUAAGCGUUUCAAUAUUCAACAUUUGAAGAUGACGAGGAAUUUUGAGGCAGUUCAUAAUGAGAGCGCACGACAAAAGUCAGUCGACUGUAUAUCGAUGAUACGCAAAAACUAUUCAAAAGUGUGCCUAAUUAGUGGAAACAGGAAAAAGGGUUCCAAAGGAAGUUAAUAAAACAUCUGCUAUUACAAUUUUGUUACAUUAAGUGGAUUUUGGCUGAUAAAACUAGGGUGAAUUUGCAUAAAUUAGAGGGGACUCGCGUCGUAGGCGUGCUGGAAUCACCUUACCAGAACCGAUAUAAAUAAUAAUUAACGUUUUAGAAUGGGGGAACGCCGAAUUGAGGCACAGGUACACCCCCGUCGUCAUAAAAUUACUCAUAACAUUCGAAACAGGCACAGAAGUUAUUGAACCAACAUGCGGGCCGGUUGUGUUUGUAUCGUCGCCGGUUAGCGAGAUGAUUUUUAGUAACUCCAAUGUGGAAUUGACCAAAGUGCAUUUCUGUGAUAUCGGCGAGGGCGGACGGCGAACGCAGAUAUCCAUCAUUUCCAAGGAUGAGCCCGAUUUCCGCGUCCCGCAGCAUUCGCUCAUUAAAAAGAACAUAUUCGGGCACAGGUGGGUGCUGACAAUUAACGAGGCCGGGAACAAGAAGAGCAAGCACCGACUGAGAAUUGUCUACAUUCUUGUAUUCAUUUGCAUUAUAAUAGCGGUCAGCUUCGGGAUUUUCUUCUCGAUUGAUUUCAGCGUGAAACUUGAACAGACCGAAUUAAUCACUAAUGUCAGUAUCGAUGUGAGUUACGAUCAUUGCACUUGUCGAGCGGACGAGAUCUGUCUGAAGACGGUCGAAGAUCAGAGACCGGAAUGCAAACUCAUCGCAGAUCACAAAGACCCGACCGGUUGCGGGGGUUUGUGUAAGAUCGACCUGGAGUACUGUAAACGAAUUGAUCCCGACCUGGACGUGUUUCAAUGUCGGCCGCUGAUCAACAUCCUCAACUGUACCGAGGGUCUGUUUAAUUGCGGCAAUCGUUGCAUUAUGGCGAGUAUGAGGUGCGAUGGUAUAAUCAACUGUAGCAACCAGGCGGACGAGAGAAAUUGCGAGUGUGAUCCGAGUACACACUUUCACUGUGGAAAUUCGACGAGCUGUCUCGAGUUGAGUAAACGAUGCGAUGGUAAGGCAGACUGCUGGGACAAUUUCGAUGAAAUCAAUUGUCGUAAUGCAGGUUGUCCCAAUCACAAGGUGCCGUGUCACAACGGACAGUGCGUCCGAAAAGAAAAUAUCUGUGAUGGUAUCUACCACUGUAUGGAUAAGUCGGAUGAACUAUCAGGAUGCGAAUUACACAAAUAGCUAUAGAUAAAAUACAAUAUUUAUUUUUAGAAUAACAUUAAUAAAAAUAUAUUUU